AUGAUGGAAUCUGAUCUAAAUUCCGAAGCCGGCACCGUGGCUCUUCGGAAGGCUAAAAACUGUUGGGAUGAAGCUAAUACUUUAUUUCUCACAGAAGACUUUCGUUCGGCAAUGAUGCUGUUUCAUCGUUGCAUUCUAAUGGCACGCGGUAUAUACCAAGAUUGUUCUGUUGCACUACAUCAGAACAGUGCUGCUGGUAUAUCUCAUUCCGUGUCAGCUACAGAAUCUAUAGGGAAUUCAGAAGAUACUACCGUUCCGCAGAAGUUAGAAGACCAUAGAAUCAAAGUAGAAGACGAGAGGUCAGAAGUUGCCAAACUAAUAGCUGACUGUUAUAUUGGACUAGCACGUUGUGUUCUGAAAGGUCGAGUGCGAACUGCAGAAGAUUAUCAAAGAGCAGCACAAUACUGUGACAAUGUAAGCUUAAAUGCUGUUAAAGUGUACUCUUAGCUUAGGUUAUUGAGAGCAACCCUAACAACACAGUAGCCUUUCAAAUCAAGGCCGAAGCUUUGUUUAAAGCCGAGAAAUACAAUGAUGCUUUGGCAAUACUACAACAAAUUCCAGAAAGUAAGUGUCACCUCAACGUUGUAAAUCUUCAAAUUAAGCUCAAGACACAAUAACGUUAGCGGAAGAAUGUAACCGAGCUCUUCAAAUGAAAAGAAGACAACGUGAUGAACUUAUCCAGGCUAACUUUGCGCGACAAAAUGUAGGUAUCGACCUCGCUUGUCUAAUGUUUCCUUUAGGCACCUAACGAGCCUGGAAUGAACGGCCAUGCCUUACACUGA